CGUUUUCCUGCUUUUGUCUCCUGUUUUCUAAAGAGGAACUUUCCUCCCUACGCGGUGUCACCGUGUUAUGGUUCCCCCGCGUGUUCAGACCAAACGUUCAUGUCAAGCGAGAUAAUUCGUAACUUCUUUAUAUUUCGUGAAGCAAAUUUCCAGCAUGCAUUUAACACACGAACUGGAGCUCUUUCCCGGUCACAAAGUGACUCAAAUGCUUUUCAGGGACGUCAAAAAUGCUACAGAGUUGAGACAAUGUGCGGUGGAGGGGAAAAUAAACGGUGCUCUAAUCAACCCAACGAUGCUGGUAAAUCCUUUCCAAGUGCUGGUAGCUGCCAACAAGGCUGUUAACUCACAGACCAAUGGGAAAAUGAAGACAAGAAGCUUAUACUCUGAAAUAAUCUUCAAUCUAUCACCGACUAAUAAUAUCUCAGAAGCGUUUAAAAGGUUUGGGUGCUCUGAUGGCGAUGACUCUGUCCUGGUGGUCCUGGUUCACAACAAUGACGAGUCCCAGCUUUUAGCAGACAUCACAGCCCGGGUGAGCGGACGGCAGGUUCCAGUGGAAGAAGUGUCCUCGCUGACGGACCACGCAAAAAUCAAAAAGUUGUAUAAAGUCACACCGGAAGAGGAGAAGAGUGGGACUCUGCUAGAUGCGGUUGUAUGCAGGAUGGCUGCCAAGGACGUCAUGUAGCUGCUUUAGGAAAUGGACAGGAAAUGGAAAUGGAAAAGAAGGCAACCAUUUAUUUUCUUAAUCUUUUUUUACUUUGAAUUGAUUUACUCUUCCUCAUUGUAAACACCCCAACAAUUGUGUUUUGUGGAUGUUAAUUAUAGAAACAUCUUAUUUCUCCCAUCUGAAAAUAAAAUCUUAUUUUUCAUA